UUUUAUUACAUUUUUUAUUUAAUUCGAUUGAUAAAAUCACCAAUGGGCAUAAAGUAAAAUUCAAAUUUUAUUAAAAUUCAAAUAUUUUUUAAUAAUUAAUAUAUUAUAUAAAUACGAUAAUUCGAAGCUGUCUUAUGUACAUAUAAUUAUAAAUAAAACAUUACAUCUAUUUUGAAGUUUAUUAUAUAUCCAAAUUGUUUUUCUUAUAUAUAACUAUUAGUUACGUAUAGUAUGAUACAUUUGUAAGUAUAUGACGCUUGAUAGAAAGAUAGAUAUUGUAAUUAAAAUAUCAAUGUCAAAAUUAAAAUAUAUUACAUCAACACAAUGACAGCGAAUUAUUAUUUUGCAAUUGUCGGACAUACGGACAAUCCUUUAUUUGAAAUUGAAUUCAAUAAUUCUGGAAAAGAUACGAAGAAAGAAGAUUAUACACAUUUAAAUCAAUUUAUUGCACAUGCUGCUCUAGAUCUUGUAGAUGAACAUACUUGGAAAACAACAAAUAUGCAUUUAAAAGUUGUAGAUAAAUUUAAUCAAUGGUUUGUAAGUGCUUUUGUUACUGCAACUCAUAUACGAUUUGUUAUGGUACAUGAUAGUAAAAAUGAAGAUGGUAUAAAAAAUUUUUUUAAUGAAAUGUAUGAAAUGUAUAUAAAGUAUUCUAUGAAUCCAUUUUAUAAAUUAAACACACCUAUUAAAUCUAUUGGUUUUGAGAAAAAGGCACAAUUAUAUGGCAGAAAAUAUUUAUCAUCCUGAGUAUUUAUUAUUAUAUUUUAUAUUUAAAGUUUGUAUAAUAAUAAAUCUAACAUUAUUAUUUAGAAAUUUAGAAAUUUAAUGUUUAUAUGUUUGUAAUAUUAUUUGUAAUAUUAAAUAUUAAAUUAUUUAUAAUAUUAAAUAUAAUUUCUUAAUAUUAAAUAUAUACACAUAUAAAGCAACUUCAAAUAUAAAAUUGAUCAUUUAAAAAAUUUAUAUAAUAUCAAAGAAAAAUGAAAAAUAUAAUAAAACUUUAUUAAAAAUACUAAAAUAAUUUUUAGUGCAUAUAAAUUUUAUAAAUAUUUAGAAUUGUAAAUAAAAAACAAUGUAAUUGUUUUAUCCAAAAAGAACAUUGUAUUAUGAUAAAUAAUAUAAAAAUUGCGAAAAUAAAUUGUCCUUGAUAAUUAAAAUAGAUUGAUAUUAAUUAUAAAAAAGAAUAUUACUAUAUCAUUAAAUAAAAUAUUAUUUUAUAUUUAA